AAGAAAUCAUAACGGAAAUAUACUUGUAAAAUAAACAGAAAAAUGUGGCAUAAUAUUUGUAAAAUCGGUUUAGUUUUAUGUGCUAUAAAAUUGGUAAUAGCCUAUCGUACUCCCGAAGUGGCUACCGAUAUAUUGGAAGAUUUCCCCGAUAAUAUAAAUAUAAGGCCAUUUGUUAAAAUAGGCAAAAAAUAUUAUUACUUUGGAGAAUCUAAGGUUAGUUGGUUUAACGCCUUGAGGAUUUGUCGUUAUAUGGGCAGUGAUCUGGCCUCUUACGAAACUGCCCAGGAAUUAACAGAACUAUCCAAUUAUUUGCUUGCGAGAUAUUCUAAAAAUUUUAAUACUUGGUUGUCCGCUUCUGAUGUAGAUUCCGAGGGUCUGUGGAUUUGGUAUAGUACUGGUGAAGUUAUGGCUUAUGGUGAUUGGUUCGAAGGUCAACCGGAUAAUUUUAUGGGCAUUGAGCAUUGUGCGCAGUUAUUUAGUCUAAGUGGAAAGUAUCGGAUGAAUGAUGAAGAUUGUAAAAGUCGUAGGAAUUAUAUAUGUCAAGCUAAUAAGCCUGAAACUGUAGCUGUUAGUGUAGGAAUGUUUUAAAAACUUGGUAAUUGAUUUCGUUUCAUUUUAAAUAAAGUUUAGUUAUAUUA